AUGGAGAAUUACUUGGCAGGGAGAGAUGCCCAACCCCACACUGAACAGACAAUAAAGGCAGUAAGGUCUCCCUCACCCAUUAAGCCCUGUAUGCCAGUUUUCCUGCAUGACCAACCCUUCUCUGACCCAUUCUUCCCAAGUACCUCCAUGGCCUACACCACCUCCCAACAGGCCCAAGUUGUAGGUGGGGAUAAGAAGAUGACAAGCCUUGAGAUUUUGUUUUCUUCUGAGGGCAAUGAUCUUCUAGACAUCUGCUCAUUUGGUAAUAAACACCUCACAACAAGAUGUGUAGAUGAAAAGAGAGAUCCAUGCAAUACGUUGCCUCUGUUGCAAUUAGAAGAUCGAUAUAUGCUUUCUGAGCUUAAUACAGAUUCUGAGCUGCUAAUUCAUACAUCAUCUCAUGCACCAAAGUAUACUGAGGUGUCUUGUGUAUCUGAAUGUACUGAAGUGCCUUGCUUACCACAAGAUGGAAAGGUGAUUUGCAUACCAGAAGAUCCUAAAGUGCCUUGGGUGCCAAAAACAACUCUGCCUCACCCCACGGGGGGAUUUGGACGCAAGGCAUACAAAUGUAUGCACUGUAAAAUUUUAGUUCAUAAGAAGUGCCAUGCACUCGUCAGAGUUCCAUGCAAGCACCAUACUUUGCAUGAUGAAUGCACAAUGCCAAUAAACCAGGUUUCCAUGGCUUUAGAUCCCAAACAGGAAGUAGUCUCACCAAAUCCUAAAAGUCAUGUGGGUAUGCAAGCAAUAGAUGACGAGAAUGAGACAAAUACUGGUGAGGAAAAUGGCAGGCCUUUGUGCUCUUCUGCUCUUAAAGACUUUGACUUUCUCCGUGUCCUCGGGAGAGGAAGCUACGGUAAAGUUUUACUAGCUCGGCAUAAAACAACAGAUCACCUCUAUGCCAUGAAAGUGGUGAGAAAGGACGAUGAAAACCUUAUUCGUCUCCAGGUAGAGAAGCAAAUAUUGGAGAAGAGCUUGAACCACCCUUACCUGGUUGGCCUGCAUUCCUGCAUCGAGACACCAACCAGAUUUUUCUUUAUCCUGGAUUACAUCAGUGGAGGAGACCUAACAUACCAUCUGCAACAGUUCGGAAUCUUUCCCAAAGCACAUGUGAGAUUCUACUCCGGGGAGAUCUCCUUAGCUAUCAAGUUUCUUCAUGAACAUGAGAUAUUACACAGGGAUCUGAAGUUGGAGAAUUUGUUACUAGAUGUGGACGGACACAUUAAAAUUACCGAUUACAACCUAUGUAAGGCAGGACUGAAGGCAGGCGAGAAGACCAACACUUUCUGUGGCACACUCAGUUAUCUGGCUCCAGAAAUCAUCAGAGGCGAAAGCUAUGGUUUCAGUGUGGACUGGUGGAAUCUUGGAACAGUCAUGUUCGAAAUGAUGGUGGGAGAGCCUCCGUAUCCUUUUGCAGACAGUCCCAAGAACUCUGAUCUAAACACAUACAAGGUCUUGCAAUCUAUGUUAGAAAGAGAAGUCAACAUUCCACAUCACCUGUCUGUCGAAGCCAGAAGCAUCCUCAAGGGUCUUCUGAAGAAGGAGCCAGAGGUAAGAUUGGGCUGUCACCCUCAGAGAGGAUUCAUCGAUAUUAAAGAGCAUCCAUUCUUUAACAAUCUGGACUGGAACAUGAUGGGAAAACAGCAAGUGCCUCCUCCCUUUAAGACAAGUAUUGGUACAGAAUUCAGGAUAGAAAACUUUGACCCUGAAUUUACCAACGAACCUGUCCAGCUCACACCUGAUGACAGUUACUUUAUGAACAGCAUAGAUGAAUUUGGACUUUGAGUACAUCAAUCCCCUUUUCACAUAAGAAGAAUGAGUCUGAUUGUCACCUUCCAGUUAAGCAUCUGUUUGUAUAUCUAAGGCAUGACAAAACUUGUUACCAGCUUGCAUUCAACUGACACUUUUAUAAUUGCCUGGAAGAUCAUUUUAAUUUCCUUUUUCUAUAUGAAGAUGCCCUGCUUGAUUUUGGUUUUUGGUUGACAAAGUUACUUUUUAUGAUAAGACUUAAUGAUGAGGCAAUUUCUUUUUACCAAGUUUGUAAACACAUUCCGUUUGUUGCUUGGAGACAUAUUCCUGAUUUUUUUAUUUACUAUACUGGAAAAUAAUAUCUCAUUAUGCUUGUUUUGCUCCCAAACUAUAUGACCUAUAUAUUUAGGCCCCUGAUUUUGUAAUAUUCAGGGAAAUCCAAAAACAAUAGUAACAACUUUGAACAACUCUGCAGAAACCACAUACAUUGUAGCUCUGUCUCCUAGGUCAAACUUUAACCAUCUUAAAGUAUUACACCAUAGAUAUACUUUCUAAUAUUUAGUGGACAUCAAAACAAUAAUGCAAAGAAAGUAUUUCUCCAAAUAAGGCUAAAAUCCCAAAGGAGUUCUAAUGUGGACUCAGUAGGAAACAUUUUAAACAAAUGCCCUGUGUGAGUAUUUUACAUUCUGAAUGCCCAGUGGCAAAGAGCAGCUCUUAAAAGCAGGAUCAGAAACAUAUGUCUUAUAUCUUAUUUUGUAUGGUGAAUAUGCAGAUUAUAUAAUAGUAAUAUCUCAUAAAAAUAUUCAUGCAUGAUCUUCAAAUUUGUAGUGCAUAUGCAUCAUGCAUCCAUUUUAAAUCAUUUUCAUUUUUAAAAGUUGAUUCUCAUUUCUAAAAUGUUUCUAUUAUUAGGUUUAUAUCUGAGUUUGCAUUUCUUAAAAGAAACAACCAUAUGCCUUUUUAAGGAAACAAAGAAUACAAAGAUUAGCAUUGUAUUUUCUUUUUUCCACACUUGAUUUGACAGUCUACAUUUAUCAAGUAUGCAGUAAAUAUCUGCAGUAUUUAAUAUAAAGAUAGACACUUCAUAUUCAACAUAUGCACUAAAAUAUAAGUUCUUCUGCAAAAUAUGUGAACAUUUUCAUGAAUUUAUUCGUUCACUAAUUUUCAUUUUGUUUUCUUUAUUUUUUUGCAUAUCUAUUAAUUAAAAAUCUGUUAGGUUCCAGUUACAUGGUAAUAUACAUAAAAUUAUCUAGGUUGCCCUGAAAAAAUUAUUCCUAGAACAA